GCAAUGACUACAAACAAUACAUAUCCAAUUUCUUCGAAUUCACGGACGAAAUUAAACGCCUUUCGCUACAAAGACGAAGACCCUGACGAUACCACCCGCAAAGACGAGACGAAAUCGGUUCAUGGGAACAAGGAAAACCAGAAAUCGUGGUCAAACGGGGUGAUCGAGCCGAUGCAGACGUCACCGGACAAAGGCAAUCCUCAGGCCAAAGCAGAAGAUUCAAAUUCCGAGGCUCAAGAAGCGAAACCGAUCAAGGAAUGCCCUCAGACUCCGGGAAAUAGAAUACCUUUGGCGGAUUUAAUCAGCAAUGCUGAGGAUUCUUUCGAUCCUGCCCCAGGCCCAGAAGUGACCCCAGUUGAGCAUGUCAUUUGGCAGCAUGUCCCUGCCAGCUCAAAUCCAGAUAAUUCGUCCCAAACACCAGCAGGUCGUCGAAGGAAGCGACGACUUAGUUCCUCUCCACACGGCUCUCCCUCCAAUGCGAACUCGAAAAAACACCCAAAGGAGCCCCUUGACUUGCAGUCAAUACAAGCUUUAUUCAAAACACCACAACAUGAUAUGGCCGCUGAGCUGUGGAACAACUAUGUGGAUAAAAAUAUGGUCGAUGGUGCUGAAGAUCUUCCGCCGCCUCGUCUCGCAAACCUUCUUUCUUCCUCACCCCAGACUCCUGGCUCUGGCAGGACAAGUCGAGAUUCCUCGGGACUAAGACGCUCUAUUAGUUGCGCUGCUGAGUUCCCCACGUCUCGGGCCAAGAGGAGACGUUUCAAUAGACAAGAUGGUGGUGGUGGUGCAAAGUGUGGCAUAUUCCAGCGAACAAGCAGCAACGUUUUAGAGUCUGGAAAGCCAAAAACUUCUAGGCUCAACUAUCUUAUGGAGAAGAUCGAAAAAUCUAUUCACCUGGCGCCCGUCGACACAAAUCCGCCUGGCUCCUCACCUCUUCGGCAACACAUGGACGCACGAAGGUGUCGUUCGUCAUCUCCAACAAAAGAUCGCAAAGCCCUCGAAGAUCUUACGGAAACUAAUGAAUCACCAUGUGUUGCACCAGUCGAUAAAGCAAGACCUGGCCAAAUGCCUGUACUUAAAGAAUCAUCUUCAGACUUUGGAGAUGAUGAUCUUGACCAGGAUCUCAUUGAUUUGGCCGAUGCGUCAGCAGAUCCCUUCGUUGAUGCACUACGACCAUCAAAUGAGUUUGGCUCUCUAGGAUCCUCGAGCUGGGCCGCUCUCGCUACUGAGAAGUCUCGCUCCUGGCAGCCAAAGGAGAAUCCAAUGUACGACAGCAAACCUCCACCCGCCUCUCACAACACUACGAAUAAUGAACCAAAACGCGAUGAAUUCGACGAUUUUGAUGACGACUAUGAUGAUCUGCCAGAUAAUCUGCAAGAAAUGCUUGCAAAAUGUGAUACACAACCGGUCCAAGCGAAGAUGGCCACAGACGAAUCACUUCCCAAGAAGUCAGAUCCAACGAACCUUCCCGCGGGUUUUGCGUCUAGGGAAGCCCCUACAACGACGGGCGUGAAAACCGAGGCGGAAUCAUCUGGUGAUGAGUUUGACGAUGAUUUUGAUUUGGAAGCUAUCGAGCAGACUAUGAAGCAGGCAGGGGAAGGUAAACCAGCUCAUAAUCUUAAAGAUCGACAAGCUAUCAAACGUUACCAAGUCAUUGACAUCGCCGAGGGCACAUAUGUCAACCCCAAAGGGCGUACUCAACCAGAGCAGAUAUUGCUAGUCGAAGAUGAGAAAACACGAGACCGUAAAGCCAUCUUCUUGCGAGAAACCUGGUUUGAGACCCCCUGCACCAAGGAUUCAUACAUACAUUUAGUUGGAGACUUCAACGCUACCGGUCAAUGCGUUGUGGACAACUCUGAAAAUAUGGUCAUUCUUCACCCCGAUCAUCUCAUCUCUGCAACUGUUGUAGCAGACUCGGUCGAAUGUCAGCGACGAGCUGUUCUCCAGGAUCGAGUUAAGGUCAUCGCAGCGCUCGAGAGACCGCAAGCAUUCGGUGUCUUCUUUCACGAGAUCUUCCAAGAAGCUCUGAAAUUGAACCAAUGGGAUAUGGAUUCGAUGAAAACAUUGGUCGAAACUGUCCUGGGGAGACACGUGGAAGACUUGUACUCAAUUCAGAUGAGUAUACCCGAAGCCGUUGAAUAUCUCAUGAGCAAAAUGCCGGGCGUUCUUGCGUGGGCAGAUACCUUCAUUCAUCCGAAGCCACAGGCCACUUCCAUGGUGGAAGACCGAAAUAGCUCCAAGCUCAACCUCAGCAUUAACAAGUUACUUGAGGUAGAGGAGCACAUCUGGUCUCCAAUGUACGGUCUCAAAGGAAACAUCGAUGCAACGGUGCAAGUGGCUUGUCGCGAGCAGGGAAUUGACAAGAACCUUGUUGUUCCUCUGGAACUCAAAACUGGGCGGAGGGAUACGAACCAGGCACACAGAGCUCAAACAGCUCUUUACACCUUGCUCCUUUCUGAUCGCUAUGAUCUUGAUGUUACCUUUGGACUUCUUUACUAUCUUGAGAUGUCAAGGACACUCAGCAUCCGUGGUAUUCGACAUGAGCUUCUUCAAAUGCUCCAGGUGCGAAAUCGACUGGCGGGCUAUAUCCGCGAAAGAGAUAAUCUUCCACCAAUGCUGAAGAAGGCACGCCAAUGUACCAGAUGUUACGCGAAGACUCCUUGUCUCAUUUACCACAAGCUCACCGAAGAUGGCGAUGGUGAGACCAGCGGGCUUGCAGAGGACUUUGAUGCAUCUGUCAGCCAUCUAAACAAUGGUGAUCGUGACUUCUUUAGAAAGUGGGAUGAACUCCUUACCAAGGAAGAAGGGAACCUGGUUAAGUUCCGACGGGAACUUUGGACAUUAUUGAGCCACGAGCGUGAAGCUCUUGGUCGAUGUUUCGGGGAUGUCAUCCUUGACACCAAGUCUCCUUAUGAAGAGAACAUUGGUACGAAGAUCAAUCGCUACCACUACACAUUCCACAAAAGACAACCAUCUCCGGGCUUCUCUUUCACGGAAUCGCAAAUCUCGAUUGGUGAGCCGAUUGUUGUUUCUGACGAAAAGGAUCACUUUGCCCUUGCGAAUGGAUAUGUGGUGCAAGCCAGUUCCUCGCACAUCAAGGUUGCAGUUGACCGGAAACUUCAUAAUGCGAGGUCACGGACAGCUGGAUUUGAUGCUGUUACGAAUCAAUCGUUCAAAGGUAUCAUGGAGAUUGGUGCAAUAGAGCCCGCUGUUCUCGAAGACCCAGAUGAGCAAGUCGUUUACCGAAUUGACAAAGAUGAGUUUAGCAACGGCAUGGCUAUUGUUCGAAACAACCUUAUCUGCAUGAUGGACAAAGACUUAAUCCAAGCCAAGCAAAUGCGGCGACUCAUCAUUGAGAGAGAAGCCCCUGAUUUCAAGACGUCAUCGUCUGGUUACCCGAUGACAGGCCUUGAGAGCCUGAACGUUGAUCAAAAACAAGCUAUCGACAAAGUUAUGAGUGCCAAAGAUUAUGCUCUUGUCCUUGGAAUGCCCGGUACUGGAAAAACAACUACUAUUGCGCACAUUAUUCGAGCCCUUGUUGCACAAGGGAAGAGUGUUCUUCUCACGUCUUACACUCAUACUGCAGUCGACAAUAUUCUGUUGAAGAUCAAAGAUGACAAUAUCCGCGUCCUGCGUAUCGGUGCCACUUCCAAGAUUCAUCCAGAUGUUCAAGACUUUGCGGAUCUUGCCGCUAUCCCGAAAACAACCAUAGAAGAGCUCAAGGACUCGUAUGAGAAGCCGCAGGUCGUGGGCACUACAUGUCUAGGGGUCAACCACAACAUCUUUAACCAACGUAUAUUCGACUACUGCAUUGUCGACGAGGCUUCACAAAUCACGCUCCCGGUCUGUCUGGGCCCGAUUCGAAUGGCGAAAACGUUUAUUCUUGUCGGUGAUCACUACCAAUUGCCGCCCUUAGUGCAGAACAAGGCAGCUCAAGAAGGAGGCCUAGAUGUCAGCCUUUUCAAGCUACUGUCAGACGCACAACCAGACGCAGUCGUCAACCUUGAGCAUCAGUACCGCAUGUGUGAAGAAGUUAUGUUACUCUCCAACACCCUCAUCUACUCGGGUCGUUUGAAGUGCGGCACACCCGAGGUAGCUGCCCGGUCCUUGGACCUGCCCAACAUCGACGCCAUAAGUCAAUUCCAUUUCAAAAACCUCGGCCAUUCUCCAUCCCAAAAGGAAAUAUGUCUGGAUAAACCACAUGCUCCCUGUUGGCUACGAGACCUCCUCUCACCAUCUGCAAAGACUCGCCUGGUGAACACCGAUCCCAUCGGCCCGGCAGCCCUCGAGAUAGCACAGGGCAACCGAGUCGUCAAUCACAUGGAAGUUUUCCUCUGCGCCCAACUCGUUGAAUCAUUCAUCGCCUGCGGUAUUCCCGCUCGAAACAUCGGUGUCAUAACCUUCUACCGCAGCCAACUCUCACUUCUCCGCCAGAGUCUACGCCACCAUACCCCAGACCUGGAAAUGCACACAACAGACAAAUUCCAAGGCCGAGACAAAGAAGUCAUAAUCCUAAGCUGCGUCCGUAGCAACACGGACAAUAAUGUCGGCGAGCUCCUCCGCGACUGGCGCCGUGUCAACGUCGCUUUCACCCGAGCCCAAACCAAACUUCUCGUUGUAGGCAGCAGAUCCACUCUCCGCGACGGCAACGACCUUCUCUGCAAGUAUGUACGUUUAGUGGAAAGUAAAGACUGGGUCUACAACCUACCCAACGCCGCUCUAGACAAGCACGUCUUCCCAUCCUCUAUCCCACACUCCCAACUCAUGUCUCCGGGCUCUCCUCACUCCACAAAGAGCAAGAAAGCGAGAACAACCCCAAACAAUACAAAGAAGUCCCCCGCUUCUCGUUCUUCCCGUGAACCAUUAAGCCCGCUCGGUUCCCGGCAACAGGGCAAGGGUCUACGAAAACCUGCCAAGACAGGUGCUAAGUUAUUCAACGGGACCAAUGUUGUCGGGAAUCGACCUAUCCUCCAGGAUAUUGUGAACGAUCUCACGAGCUAG